AUGAGUGUUCCUACUUCCCACUCUCCAUUAGUAACCGUGACAACAAAUUCCCCGACAUAUCUGUUAGAUACAGCAGCACCAUCUACUUUAGAAUCGUCAUCAACAACUAUGACGUUAGAUAUAUCUGAAUCUACUUCAAAAAUGACGGUAACAAGUAGUUCUGAGUUUGCUUUAGCAUCUUCAACAGGAGACAGUUCUUUAUUAUCAUCGGUACCUAUGGCAGCAAGUACUUCUGAGUUCAUAUUAGACUCUUUGACAACAAUGAGCUCAGUAAUACCGUUAACGACAAUGGCGGCAAGUAGUUCUCAGUUAACACCUGAAUUAACAACAAUAGAUAGUUCAGUAAUGUCAUCGACACCUAUGCCCGCGAUUAGUGCUGAGUUAGCAUCAGAAUCAUCAACAAUAAGUAGUUUAGUAUUGACACAGAUACCUACCACAACAAGUAGUUCUCAAUUCACGUCAGAAUCGUCGACAAUGGAUGAUUCAAUAAUGUCAUCCACGUCUAUGACAACGAUUAGUACUGAGCUAACAUUAGAAUCUGUAACGACAGACAGCUCCCUCUUAUCGGUAUCUGUGAUGACAGACAGUAAACAAUUGACGCCAGAAUCUUUCACGACAUAUAGCCCACUAUUAUCAUCGACCAUUAUGACAACAAGUAGUACUCAAUUACCGUCAGUAUUUAGGACAGCAGAUAGUUCAGUAACGACAUCGAUUCCUAUGACAACAACUAGUGACGGAUUAACAUCAGAAUCUUUAACUACAGUCAGUUCCGUCUCACCAUCAAUAUCUGUGAUGACAGACAGUAUUCAAUUGACGUCGGAAUCUUCGACAACAGAUAGUUCGGUAAUAUCAUCCACACCGUUAUCAAAGAUUAGUGAUGAGUUAACAUCAGAAUCUUUAACAACUGACAGUUCUGUGUCAGCAUCAACAUCUGUAAUGACAGACAAUACUCACUUGACUUCAGAAUCUUCAAUUAUAGAUAGUUCAGUGACACCAUCGACACCUAUGACAACGAUUAAUACUGAGCUAACAUCAGCACCUUCAACAACAGGCAGUUCAUUAUUAUCGUCGAUAAUUAUGACAACAAUUAGUACUCAGUUAGGAUCAGAAUCAUCGACAAUAGAUAGUUCAGUAAUAUCAUCGACGUCUCUGACAACGAUUAAUACUGAGUUAACACCCGAAUCUUUAACAACAGAUAAUUCCGUUACAGCAUCAAUAUUUGUGAUGACAGACAGGUUUCAAACGACGUCUGAAUCGCCGACAACAUAUAGUUCGUUAUUAUCGUCGAUAAUUAUGACAACAAGGAGUAGUCAGUUCGGGCCAGAAUCUUCGACAAUAGAUAGCUCAACAAUCGCAUCGGCACCUACGACAAUGAUGAUUGAUAAGUUAACACCAGAACCUUUAACAACAGAUAGUUCCGUGUCAGCAUCAAUAUCUUUGAUAACAAGCAGUACUCAGCCAGGGCCAGAAUCUUCGACAGCAGAUAGUUCAAUAGUAUCAUCGAUAAUUAAGACAACAAGUAGUUCUAAGUUAUCGUCAGAAUCAUCAACAAUGGAUAGUUCUGGAUUAUUAUCGACACCUACAACAAUAGGUAGUUAUCAGUUCACAUCAGAAUCUCUGACAAUAGAUAGUUCAACAUUAUCAUCAGCAGAUAUGAGAAAAGAUAGCUCUCAGUUUACCUCAGAAUCUUCAACAAUAGUCAAUUCAGUAUCACCAUUAACGUCAAUGCCAGGAAGCAGUUCUCAGUUUACAUCAGGAUCCUGGACAAGACUCAGUUCGAUGUUAGCCUCGACACCGACACCAAUGGGUAGCUCUCAGUUAGCAUCAGUACCUUCGACAACAAUUAGUUCAGUACUAUCAUCGAGACUUAUGGAAACGAGUAGUUCUCAGCUCACAUCAGAAUCGUUGACAACUGAUAUUUCAGUAUUGUCAUCGAUACCUUUGGUAGCGAGUACUUCUCAGUUAUCAUCAGAAUCUUUGAUAACAGAUAGUUCAGUAGUGUCAUCAACAUUCACAACACUAAGCGAUCUUAAAUACUCGUCGAUAACUACGGCUACACAAAAAUCUGAGCCAUCAGGGACAACUAUGAUAUCAAGUAAUAACGAUGUAUUCUCCGAAACUAUGACAACAAGGAAAACUGAAUAUACAUCAACAACAAUGACAACUGAUCAAUCUGAAUCGUUAUCAACGACAAUGAUUUCGACUACUGCUCAAACAUCACCUGCAACCACAACAAUAGGUGUAACAACAACAUUAGUGAGUACAUAUAUGUCAACAACAAUGGGAAUGGCCAGUAGACAGGUUACAAAUAUUCCAUCAUCUAUGAAAAUCACUGGCACAAUGAUGAAUAACAACGUUCAAACAUCAACUUCUACUCAAUUAGUCUUUUGGAAUAUAGAUAAACCGCUUAACUAUGGACGAUCUAUGUUUGGAAGUGCUCUAUUAGCAAAUGGGCAAGUUCUUGUAACUGGAGGCAUGUUAACUUCCACUACAACAAUUAUACGAACUGAAGUUUAUACAUCAAUCGGAUGGCAACUUGGAACUUUGAUGAAAGCGCCACGUGUUUCUUAUACUGUUACUACUUUUGCAAAUAAUACUAAAGUAUUAGCAGCUGGUGGUAAAACUAUACUCUGUCUACAAACUGCCGAAGUAUAUAACAGUGUAAGUAAUACAUGGACAUCAACAUCAAUCAAUAUGUCAAGUCCUCGUUUUGCACAUACAGCUACACUACUUGCAAAUGGACAAAUACUCAUUGCAGGUGGAGCGAACGCUUCAUCGAGAAGUAUAUCUGCAGCUGAGCUUUAUAUUCCAUCAUCGAACUCAUUUAUUAACACAACUAACAUGAAUAUAGCACGAUGUUAUUUUACAAGUACACUUCUUAGCGAUGGAUCCUCUGUAAUUUUUACAGGAGGUUUGAGUGUUAGUGGUUCUCUCAUUUCAACAGCAGAACUUUAUAUUAAUGGUUCUUGGGUUCCCAUAUCCAGUAAUAUGACUCAAAGUCGAGCUUAUCACGCUACUGUAUUAUUAAAUGAUGGAACUGUAUUAAUCGUAGGUGGAGGUACCGCUGCAUAUAGUGCAUAUUUCACUGCUGAGAUUUAUAAUCCGACGACACAAACCUUUACAGCUGUUGGAUCAAUGCAAUAUCGUCGAGCAGCAUUCACACUUACACUCCUGCCAUCAGGUAAAGUAUUAGCAGUUGGUGGAGUUGAUUGGACAUCAAAUACAUAUCCACUCGUAUGUGAAUUAUAUGAUCCUUUAACAAGAACUUGGUCAAAUACUGCUAUGUUGAAUCGUGGAAGAAGUUUUCAUCAAACUUUGUUACUAAAUACUUUUGUAUUAACCAUGGGUGGCGACGACGGAAACAAUACUAAAGUUAUCAGUUCUGAAAGAUACAAUUUAUGA